CGCGGACGGUUCAGCUUCGGACUCAAGACUAGCUCUGAUCGGAAAAGAAUCCAAGAUGACGUGGCUCUGUCUCGGGGCAGUUCUGUUUCAAUGCAUUUUUAUAAUAAAUGCAAACGGUAUUUUUUCGGUUGUCGGACCCAGCACUAUACAUCCCUAUUCCUACUAUAGUGCUGCUGUUACCGUGUACGAGGCAAAUGGACCAAGUCGGAUUAGGGUCAGCCUGAAUGGACCCUCGUUUAGCAGGUUCGAGGAGGUCUAUCUUCAGCCCAUGUCCACGAAGAAGCUUUCUUUCGAUGUCCCGAAACUGAGAAGCGGUGAUUACCAGCUCACGGUUGAGGGUCUUGAGGGGAUUGCAUAUAAGAAAUCCUCCAAACUCUUAUUCCACGAGGAUAAACCCUCCAUCUACAUCCAGACGGACAAGGCCACCUACAAGCCAGAAGAUCUCCUGCAAUUCAGAGUCCUCUUCCUAAACAGGUUCACCCGACCUGCCAGGAUCGACAAUCCCAUUCUGAUUGAGAUUCACGACGGAGAUAAGAACCGGAUCAAACAGUGGACGCACGUUCAGCCAAUCAAAGGAAUUUUCUCCGCAGAGCUCCCUCUGUCCGAACGGCCAGUUCUGGGAAACUGGACGAUCACAGUUUCCGUUCAGGGGGAAAGCCCGGUCAAGGAGACCAAGAUCAUCAAGGUGGACAAGUACGUGUUGCCGAAGUUCAAGGUGUGGAUCGACACAAAAAAGGAUGUGGUAGCCACCAAUGGGCAGAUAACGGCAACAAUUUUGGCUAAGUAUACAUUCGGCAAGCCGGUCAAGGGCAAGGCUACCGUCUCGAUUAAUGGCGGUCGGAUAGAGAAGACAGUAGAUAUCGAUGGCAAGGUCAGUGUGGAACUCCCUUACAAGGCCGACGACCAAUCCCCUCUGAAUAUAGUGGCCUCCGUCACCGAGGAGCUAACUGAUCUCAAGCACAGUGGCUCGGCCUAUGUGACCCUUCACCAAAAUCCCUACAUUCUGGUGGCCGUCAAUUGGCCACAGAGCUACAGGGCGGGAGUGUACCUGGACUUUCCCGUUGUAGUGACAAAUGUGGACGGAUCACCGGUCAACAACUUACAAAAGAGUGUUAACUUCGAGUUCAUCUGCGGAGGGAUAAGUCAAAAAGAGGAGAGUCCCCUGGCGAACAGUGGAGCCAUUGGCAGAAUGAUGUUCGCCGACAAUAAUUGCGGAAAAUGCCAGGUGAAAGCCACAUUCGAAGGAGCAGGCAGCUUAAGUCAUACAAUAUUGAGAGUUGAAAAGACCCUUAGCAUCGAGAUCAGUAGUAAAAAACACAAGCUGGGCCAGAAUGUUGACGUAAAGGUAGUAUCCAAAGCCAAUCUUUCGUACUUCACAAUCACGGUUGUAGCCCGCGGAAACAUCAUCUUAAAUGAACACGUUCAAAUGUCUCAGGGAGUGCAAACCAAAAGUAUGAAGUUCAGGUCCACCUUCGAAAUGGUGCCCGAGGCCACUAUUUUUGUAUACCACGCUGCGAAUGACAUAAUGUUUUUCGACCAGCAAACUAUCGAAUUCGAGAAGGACUUCGGCAACUCGAUCCAAAUCACUCUUCCGGAAGAAGCGGAGCCCGGAGACGUGGUUAACCUAUCGGUAAGGACCGAUCCUAAUUCCUUCGUAGGUCUCUUGGCAGUCGACCAGAAGGUUCUGCUCCUCAGGUCGGGCAAUGACCUCAACAGGGAUGACAUAUUCAACGAUCUGAGCAAGCACUUAUCAAACGAUCUGGUGACCCUAACUAAUGCCAAUAUAAGUUACGGAAGAAUCUGGGAUACCAAUAGUGACGACGUCAAUAGUUGUGGUCUUGCCUAUCGUUCUCGCAGUAAAGACGAAACUAUGAAAUUGGGUAAAAAAUUGGAUAGCUUUAAGUCUUUUACCUCAGAUGACCAUUCGCACUCUGCUCAGCAAAUUCGACAGGAGUUCCCAGAAACCUGGCUUUUUACGAACAUCACCGACGUCAGCCAUGGAAGCGUUAUGUUGAGAAGGAAGAUUCCCGAUACGAUUACCUCUUGGGUAAUCACUGGGUUUUCCCUUAACCCAACUUCCGGCUUUGCCAUGACCAAGUACCCGUCAGGAAUAACUGUCUUCCGGCCGUUCUUCAUUUCCACCAAUCUGCCGUACUCGGUGAAACGAGAUGAAAUCAUAGCCAUACCUGUGACGGUGUUCAACUACAUGAAGCAUCCUGUCCAGGCUCUGGUAUCAAUGGAUAACUCGGACCAGGAGUACGACUUUUCCGAGGUCAUCAAUGACAAGGAGGCGAACGAUUUGCAGCACCUCCAAGUCCGCUCAAAGAGAGUUUGGAUACCCGCCGAAAACGGAAGGACUCUUUCAUUCAUGAUUCGUCCGAAGAAACUUGGACUGAUCACCCUGAAAAUCACCGCCAACUGUCGGUUUGCCCAGGACACCAUUCACGAAAGGCUAAGAGUGGAGGCCGAGGGUGUGACCAAGUACAUAAACAAAGCGAUUCUGUUGAAAGUGAAUAAUAGGAAUCGUCGAUCUGUGAAUAUGGGUGAACCGGAAAGGGAGAUUUUUGUUAAUCAUCCAUCAGGGACUGUGCCGGGCUCUGAUCAGACUGUGAUCUCAAUGGGUGAGGGAAUCCAUGCACCCAUGCUGAGUAACCUGGGCGAUUUGAUUAAAUUGCCCUCCGGCUGCGGCGAGCAGACUAUGAUCAACUUCGUGCCCGACGUCAUGGUGCUUCUUUACCUGAAAGCGACCGGCCAAAGCUUCCCCGAUAUCGAGAACCGGGCCAAGGAAUAUUUGGCAGCAGGUUACCAGAACGAGCUGAAUUACAAACACCCGGACGGCGCUUUUAGUAUGUUUAGGCCUAGUAGUACUUAUAGUAUGAAAAGUACAUGGCUUACCGCCUAUGUGAUCCGCUACUUCCACAUGGCUAAGCCAUUCACUUAUAUUGAUGAUCAGGUACUGAGUGAUGGACUGAAUUACCUCGCAUCUAAACAGCAACCAAACGGGGAUUUCAAAGUGAAUGGCGUAUAUCAAAGUCACCUUGGAGAUCCUUUGGCUUUCACCUCCUACGUACUGAUUACCUUCUUGGAGAACACGGAAUAUUCGCCACAGUAUCAGAAUGUUAUUAAUAGGGGAAUUCGAUAUGUGGCCAACCAGGUGGAUAGCUCAAAUAGUAUCUAUUCUCUGGCCAUCUCCGCUCUUGCACUGGCCAUGGCCAAAGACCCCAAGGCCACAGAAGUUUUGAAACGACUGGAUGCCGCAGCCAGGCAUAAGGACGACCUCAAGUGGUGGUCCAAUGUACCUGACUCGGUCAGUUACGCGGACGUCGAGACAACCUCUUAUGUCCUGCUUGCCAUGCUGGAGAACGGAUUAUUGGAGAAUCCCUUGAAAAUUGUCCAGUGGUUGGAUAGCCAACGUAACAGUAACGGGGGCUUUGGCUCCACUCAGGAUACUAUCCUCGGUCUACAAGCCCUUACCAAGUUCGCAGAGAAUACCCCAGUAGAGAGCGGGCAGGUAGAUGUUGCGUUUGGGACAGAGAAGAAUGGGCAGAGAGAGCACAUUAGCCUAAACCCCAACAAUGACGGCCUUAUGAAGACAUAUGAGCUUCCGAAAAACGCAAAGAAAGUUUAUGUCUCGGCCAAAGGCACGGGCUUCGUACACGCCCAGCUUACGUUCCGCCACAACGUCGUAACCCAGGAGGAAAAGCCUAGCUUUAAAGUGAUCGCUACGGUAAAGGACUCCCCCGCAAACCGUCUGGAUCUGGAAGUGUGCGCCGAAUACACUCCCGUCAAGGCAGCCGACCAAGGAAAGCCCUCCAAUAUGGCACUCAUGGAGAUCCAAUUGCCCUCCGGCUUUGUUCCCGAUGAAGAAGAUCUUGACAAGAUUCGAUCGUUUAAUGGAGUAAACCUCGUGGAGACCAAGAACGAAAACACUCUGAUUAUUGUCUACUUUUCGAGCCUGACCCCCAAUGAUCCCAAGUGCUUGACCGUGACUGCCACCCGUGCCCAUGCCGUGGCCAUGCUAAAGCCAUCCUUCGUCAGGGUCUAUGACUACUAUUCGAAGGGCGUCGACGCCACUCAGUUCUACCAGGCGAACUCCUCCCUCUGCGAUAUCUGUCAAGACGACGACUGCCAAGACAAUUGUUGAGCAGAAAUCAAACUUUUGAAACAAAACGAAAACAAAUCACUGAACGAGGCUUUUGUUCAAUAAUUUGUUUCGAAUUUUAAGGUAAUAUUUCUUGUGUAGUUCUAUCUCACAAAUCUAUCUUUCUCAGUAUGUAAUCUGAUCUUUCUAAUGUAAAAUGUAAUCUAAUCAAAUAAUAAUAAGAAAAUCUA